AAUUGCACUCCCGCCGCUGGGGCAAUGGCAAUGGCUGCUUCCGUCGUCUCCCCCAGCAGAGGGAGCUCCAAAGUGAGCGUUCGUGAGAUCUUUGUGGUUCGCCCAAGCCAACCCCUGAAUCGCAGUACCAUCUUCCUCAGCAACAUCGACCGGACGCAUGGUUACUUCAGCAGGAACCUCUUCUUCUUUCGUGACAAUCCAGGUACUCAAGCAGUCGUGGAGCACCUCCGCAAAGCUCUGAGCAAGCUGCUGGUCGCCUAUCCGGGCCACGCUGGCCGCGCCGUCGUCAACCCCGUGACCAACAGACUGGAGAUUGAUUGCAACUCAGCCGGGAGUCUCCUUGCAUACGCUACCUCCCACCUCUCCAUCCACGACGUCUCGGUAGAUGACUUCGACGACCUUUUCCUCUCGCCUGCUGAAGCUCGCUCCUUGGAAGAUCUCCCGCUGCUGACCGUGCAGGUGACUCACCUCGGCGGGGACAACGGCUUCGCGAUUGCCAUCCUCAACCAUCAUUUGCUCGACGAUGCAACCUCUGGGAUUUUCUUCCUGCUCAACCUCGCGUCCAUCAGCCGGGGAGAUUGUCUCUACCUAGCACCCAACUUUGACCGGACCCAACUCCGGGCCAGGGAUCCUCCCAAGGUAGACUUCGAGCACCGGCAGUUCACCAACGUUGGGGGCAGUCGUUUCGCCAUCACCCCUGACUCCAUCCUCGCAGCGGAGAAGUCCCGGUGUGAGGCCCCCAGGAAGACGCGCAAGACGUAUCACUUCAGCUUCCAUCGCCUCAACGAGCUCAAGAAGGUCGUCACCCACGACGGCCUCGUCUCUCGCUGCUCCUCGUUCGAGGCCCUAGCAGCGCUUGUGUGGCGAGCUCAUGCCAGGGCCCUGGAGAGCUCUUCAUCAGCCGAGACGCUGCUCAAACUCCACUUUGUCAUGGACACCAGGAACAUCUUGCAGCCACCCCUGGGGAGCAACUUCAGUGGAAAUGGACAAUUCGGUGUAGUCGCAGAGAUGACAUGGGAAGAUAUGUGCAACCUCCCACUUUCUCACAUCGUGCUCUGUAUUCAGGAGGCCCGAAAGAUGCUGACGGACGAGUACAUGAGGUCGGCCAUCGACUACCUGGAGCUUCAUCCUGAUCACUGGUAUGUACCAGGCAAAUCCCAGACUCAGAUUAAUGCCUGGCCCCGUCUCAUGUCCAAAGCAGUGGAACUGGACCUGGGAUGGGGUAAGCCAGCCAGGGUGGAGUUCCCGCUCGACAACAGGAACAGCGCCAUCAUCUUCUUUCCCUUCGAUGCCAAUGGUAACGUUGAUGGCUUCUACGUUUCAGUCAAACUGGAUCCUGCUCCAUUAGCUGUCUUCGAGGAACACAUUGCUACUCUGGAGAAAGAAUGCGAGAAUGUGGUUUCUCCGCUUUCCACUCACCCGCACGACCAAUAAGUGCCCAUUUUCUUGUUCCAGCAAAAACUUCAAUGAAAUCCUUGCUAGUACGUAGCGCUGUCAA